CUGUUAUAUCAUAAGAAGUUGUUGUGGGAACAUAAAAAUGAACAAUUAUUGUACUAACGGUCCUUCAUAUAUAUUGAACUGUUCCACUUUGUUUUUUGGGGCUUGUUCAAAUUCACUCUAAUUAAAUCCUCCGUAGCGUUUACCAAUUUCACUAUACGCUCCUUUAUUUUUGAAAUUAGGAUCUCGUUCUGAUAUUAUACUAGGACGAUUGUAAAUGAUGACUAGUGGAAGCAAGAUGGCAAAUGCUAUUGGAGGAAAAACAGCUAGAGCUUGCGAUAGCUGUUUGUCAAAGAGGGCUCGUUGGUUUUGCCCAGCUGAUGAUGCCUUUCUUUGUCAAUCGUGCGAUGUUUCGAUCCAUUCGGCGAACCAAUUGGCGAGUCGCCAUGAACGUGUUCGUCUCGAAACAUGUUCUAACAAAUCUACCAUUACCAAAUUAGUCGACAAAACUCAUCAACCUGCUUGGCACCAGGGGUUUACUCGAAAGGCAAGAACGCCGAGAAAUGGAAAAAAGGCACAAAUCAGGCAAUGGAAAAAGAACGAGGAAAAUCAGGUCCCGGAAAUUGGCAGUGAUGAAAAUGAAUGCGAAAACGAAGAUCAGCUGCUUUAUCGAGUUCCGAUUUUCGAUCCGUUUGAAGCAGAACUCUGCAAUGUGCCAGAUGAAACUGGAUCUAUUGCUGAUUUGGACAUUUUGUUGAACACUGAAGAUGCAUGCGAUGAUUUGAACCUUCCUGAAUUUCUUUCAUCUGAUAUUGAGCUUGCUGAAUUCGCUGCCGAUGUUGAAACCUUGUUGGGAGGCGAAGAAGAACAGAGUACUCGGUUAUUAAAUGCCGAUUUUGAAGAUAACAAGGCGAUUAAAAUUGAAGUUGAAGACGAAGAAAUGAGAGCUGUUGUUGCUUGUCAUUUGGAUCCUGAAUUGGACAUGGAAAGGGAAGGACUGAAUUGGAACUUUGAUGAAUAUUAUGAAGAAAGAGUUGAGCAGAAAGUAAUAGCAGCAGUAACAGAAUUUGUCGCUAGUGCAGAGUACAGUGGUAGCAGUACUAAAUCUGAUGAAAAAAACAGGCUGUUUCUCAGGCUUAAUCAUGAGGCGGUUAUUAGUGCUUGGCCAAAUCAAUCUUCGCCAUGGACAAAUGGAAUCCGACCCCAUUUCAAUCCUGAUGACUACUGGCCCGAUUUCUCGGAAACAUGUGGAGGUAAUUUAGGAUAUUAUGUAAGAAGUGGCGAUGGAGGAAGAGAAGCGAGGGUAUCGCGUUACAGAGAGAAGAGAAGGACAAGAUUGUUUUCCAAGAAAAUUCGAUAUGAAGUUAGGAAAUUGAAUGCAGAAAAAAGGCCUCGGCUGAAAGGACGAUUCAUUAAAAGGAACUCAUCGUCCUCCUUUUCAGUGCCUAGUUUUCCUUACAUGAUGAAUAAACGAUGAUGAAUUGAUCUUGUAGUUGAUAGAGUUUGCAUUAUAACAUCACCAUUUUGCUUACACUAGCAAUCUGGAAUGACUUAGGUUCUUUUUAUCAUAACCUAUGUUUUUAUUCAAUCAAUAAAAUAAUUAAUUCAGCUU